AUGGCAACUACAGUGACAGCAUUAGAAGAGUUAAAUACCACCCUUGUUAAUAACAAAUAUGUAGUCGUAGACUUUUGGGCUGAUUGGAGUAAACCAUGUCUUCAAAUGAAUCAAAUCAUCGAUCAAUUGGCGACUCAAUGUCCAAAGUUAAAGUUCUUAAAGAUUGAAGCUGAAAAGGUUAGUGAAAUCUCUAUAAAGUUUGAUAUUAAAUCGGUACCAGCAUUCUUUUUCAUGAAGGAUGGUAUCAUUGAAGAUCAGUUGAUUGGUGCCGACCCAUCACAAUUGACAAUGAAAGCUAUUCAAUUCCAUACACAAGCUAGUGGUGAUAGUUCAGUCACUAGUAACUCUACUACCAACAACACUACAUCUAACAACAAUAGCAAUGAACCAUUAUCAGUAGCUCAACAACCAUCACAAGAAGUAUUGGACAAGAUCAAGAAACAACAAGAAGAGGAAAAGAUAAAGUUGAAUGAACGUUUGGAAAAGUUGGUCAAUCAAGCACCAGUCAUGCUCUUUAUGAAGGGGUCUCCCGAUCAACCAGCAUGUGGUUUCUCAAACAAGACUGUUGCUAUCCUCAGAAAGGACGGUUUUGUUUUCGACUCUUUCAACAUUCUCGAUGAUAUGGCCGUUCGUAAUGGAUUAAAGGAAUACAGUAAUUGGCCAACCUACCCACAACUCUAUAUCGACGGUAAAUUGGUUGGUGGUUUUGAUAUUAUUAAAGAAUUACAUGAAGAAGGUGAAUUGGCUUCAAUGAAACCAUAA